CAUGGCGAUCAAACGCCGGCCGGGACUGGUUCUCGCUGUUUUUACGUUAAUGGGCUUGGCCUUCCCGGUGUCGUUUGGUGCAUUUGUUCAGGGGUACAAUCGUCCACCGGCUCGCAAGGACCUCUAUAUCCCUGCGGAUGAUCCUGGUUCUGCUUCUCCACAACAGGUGCAUAUUUCUGUAGUCGGUGAGGACAAAAUGAGGGUGACAUGGAUCACCGACAGCCCUAGUCCGGCAACAGUGGUAUAUGGAACAUCUACAGGUGUCUAUGAAAGCUCUGCAACUGGAAAUACAAAUUCCUACACGUAUCUUGUGUACACAUCUGGGGAUAUUCACGACGUCGUUAUCGGUCCGUUGAAACCCAACACGACGUACUUCUACCGCUGUGGAUCCUCUGAUUCGGAUCCUGAGUUCAGUUUUAAAACCCCGCCUGCUGCAUUCCCUAUCACAUUUGCAAUCGUAGGUGAUCUUGGACAAACUGAAUGGACCUCCUCAACCCUCGAACACAUAGACAAAGUAAACCACGACAUGUUCUUACUACCAGGUGACUUAUCCUAUGCAGACGUCAUCCAAAAUAAAUGGGACUCAUUUGGCCGUCUGGUGCAGCCACUGGCAAGCAAACGGCCUUGGAUGGUUACACAAGGCAAUCACGAGAUCGAAAAGAUCCCAAUCGUCCACCCGCAUGCCUUCACCGCAUACAAUGCACGGUGGCACAUGCCAUACGAAGAGAGCGGAUCGGACUCAAACCUCUACUACUCAUUCAAUGUAGCCGGAGUUCAUGUGAUCAUGUUGGGGUCGUACACUGAUUUUGAUCCUAGUUCUGCACAGUACCAGUGGUUGCAAGCCGAUUUGGGAAAGGUUGACAGGGGGAGGACGCCGUGGAUCGUCGUGCUUAUCCAUGCUCCUUGGUACAAUUCUAAUAAAGCUCAUCAGGGUGAGUCUGAAUCUGUUGACAUGAAGGAGGCCAUGGAAGAUUUGCUCUAUCAAGCUUGUGUUGAUGUGGUUUAUGCAGGGCACGUACAUGCCUACGAGCGUUUUACUCGCGUUUACAACGAUCAAUCCAAUAAUUGUGGUCCAGUGCAUAUUACCAUUGGAGAUGGUGGCAACCGUGAAGGCCUUGCUAGCAAGUACUUGAAUCCGCAACCCAAAAUAUCGGUUUUCAGGGAGGCAAGCUUUGGGCACGGGCAAUUGGUUGUAGUGAAUGCAACCCAUGCAUGGUGGACAUGGCAUCGGAAUGAAGAUAGUGAGACAAUAGCAAGUGACUCCAUUUGGCUCACAAACCUCUCGUCUGAUCCUGCCUGCAAGAAGUAAACUGUAGUUGUUAUACAUAAGAAAAUCCAUGUAUUGUAUGUGUUACUUCUAACCCUAAUAAUCUAAUGGGAAAAUGGAAAUUAUUAGUUGACGGUC